AUGGUUCUACCAGAGUCUUUGAAGCUAGAUAUCACGUCUCAUCAUCCAUCUCUGCUGGAAGCGGCUGAACCCAACUGGUAUUGGGGAUUGAAUGACACUAUGAUUUACACCACACGGAGUGGUUAUGAGUGGCUGCUAGGGCAGAAGGUUCAGUGGGAUGCUAAUGAGUCUUGGUUAUGGCUAUGGCGUAUGAAUAUCCUAGAGAAGGUUAAGGGACUAAUUUGGCUUUGUUUACAUAAUGCUAUUCCCACUGCUAGCUUUCGUAGCAGCAGAAACUUGAUUAUCAUGGAUAUAUGUCCCAGGUGCAACGAGGCGUCAGAAACUGCAGAACAUUGCCUCAGAUUUUGUACUAAAGCUCAGCUUAUUUGGAAACGUCUAGAGGUGGAAAUGAGUAGAAGGAAUGCCUUUUUGGAGUUCCGGGCUUGGAUUCGGGUUAAUCUUAGAGCAACGAAAGCUAUCUUUGCAGCAGGAUUCUGGUGGAUCUGGAGAGAUAGAAACAAUGAUAUCUUCAAUCCAAAUGAUAGUUGGAGCAUGAAAAAGGUCAUCAUGCUUGCUAGACACUCAGCGGCUGAAUAUGGUAUUGUUAAGUGUACUAAUCAGGUUUCCUCCCAUCCUUCUUUGAUUGAUUCCUGGUGUCCCCCUCCCUUACAUGUUGUGAAACCUAAUUGUGAUGCAAGCCUCUUUGAGCAACAACAUCUUGCUAGUUUUGGGUGCGUCCUUAGGAAUGAUUUUGGUAAGUGGCUGUUAAGCUGCUCGGCAAGCAUUCCAACAGGUUCGAUCACUUGGUGUGAGCUUUAUGCCAUUUGGAGGGGUCUUUGUUUAGCCUGGGACUGUGGAGAUAAUGAGAUCAUUUGUGAAACAGAUUGCUUGGAGGCUUAUCUUUUAAUCAUCAAAGAUUUUGCGGGGAUGCCAAGGGAUUAUAAUGAUCUUCUUCUAAAGAUUGCUGAGAUGAUGCAAUGGAAUUAG